AUUGUAGGCAGAGAUGUUCAGCUCCUCUCGAGCUACGACUAUAUCAUCGUCGGAGCUGGCGCCUCAGGUCUCACUGUCGCUAAUCGUCUCACAGAGAAUCCUUGGGUAAAAGUUCUCGUCAUCGAAGCCGGCGAUCUUGACGCUGGAGAGGAUGAGAUUCUUGUCCCAAGAUACGCACUAGGAGCUCCCGCAAAGUAUUUCUACAGCAUCCCUAGUGUACCACAACCAGGUCUUAACAACAGAUCCGAGGUGCUCCUAGCCGGGAAAGUUGUCGGAGGUGGUACCGCGGUCAACGGCAUGUUUAUGCCGCGCGGUGCCAAAGCAGAUUAUGAUAUCUGGGAAGACUUGGGCAACAGUGGGUGGGGUUGGAAUGAUUUAUUGCCCUAUUUUAUCAAGAGCGAAACCUUCACCCCUCCCCCAGCAGCUCUAGCACAAGAGUUUGGAAUCACCUAUGACAUGCGCUAUCACGAACUCUUUUUGAAAGCUAUUCAACAAUUCGGUUCACAUGUGCCUUACGACUAUGCCUCUGGUGACGCCCUCGGUGCCUAUUGGGCGCCGAACACCUUGGACCCAGUCUCACGAACGCGAUCAUAUGCACGCACCGCAUACUAUGAGCCAGCCAAAUCCAGGCAAAACCUUCACCUUCUUCCUGGAAAUACUGUGACCCAAAUCAUCUUUGACGGAAAAGCCGCGACUGGAGUCAAGUCUGUAUCGGCAUGCAAAGAGAUCAUCCUUGCUGCGGGUGCUCCUCACACUCCUCAAAUCCUUCAACUCUCUGGCGUCGGACCCAAGAAUUUGCUCAACUCCUUUGGAAUCCCCGUUGUCUCCGAUCUCCCAGGUGUGGGCGCCAACUUCCAUGACCACCCCUACCUCUUCACCGCCGGAACCGUCGCCAACGAUUUGAACCCAAGCCCAGCAAACAACUCCAACACUACCUGGAUGGCAGAACAAUUAGAACUCUACAAGACCAAGCGUGAAGGCGUGUACACAACCAGUCUCGGUAACUCUGCCGCCUUCCUUCCCCUCCAUGAAAUUACCACCCUUUCCAACACCAUCAUCAACAAGCUUCAAAAUCAGAACGUCGCCAACUUCUUCCCAUCUGGAACAGACUCGAGCAUCAUCAACGGCUUCAAGGCCGAACGUGAUCUCUUUGUCAAGUACUUGAAGCAGGGCAAGAUUGCCGUCGGGGAGUUCAUCGGUGGAACUGGAGCUGGAAUGGGUCUCGUCCUCCUCAAGCCGUUCUCCCGAGGCUUCCUCACACUCAAAUCCAAGGACGCAUUCGACGACCCGGUCGUUGACUUUGCCACUCUUCGCAACCCACUCGAUCUCGACAUCAUUACCGAAAUGAUCAAGGCCUGGAGGAGGAUGUUGCAGACCCCAGCAUUGCAAACCAUGGGCCCGACCGCCACCAGCCCCCCAGACAGCGUCACCUCGGAUGCUGAUAUCCAAUCGUUUAUCCGCACCAAUCUCGCCUCGAGCUUGUGGCACCCGUCUGGAAGCGCACCCAUGAUGAAGAAGAAUUUGGGAGGUGUCGUUGGACCAGAUCUCCUCGUGUACGGAACCAAGAGGCUCUCCAUCAUCGACGCAAGCAUCAUUCCCGUCUGUCCCUCGACUCACAUCACGUCUACCAUGUAUGCUUUGGCUGAGAAG